AUGACGCUCAUCGACAAGGAGAUUAACCCCUUCGUGGACAAGUGGGAAGAAGAAGGACAGUUCCCAGCACAUAAAGUAUUUAAAGCCCUGGGACAGGCUGGAUUCCUUGGUGUGGAUAAGCCAACAGAAUAUGGUGGCAUGGGCUUGGACUUCUCAUACAACGUUGCAGUGGCAGAAGAGCUGGGAAAUAUCCGCUGCGGAGGCAUUCCCAUGGCUAUCGGCGUGCAAGCCGGCAUGGCUACUCCCGCUCUCACGAGGUUUGGUUCUGAUGAGCUGAAAAAGCAGUUCCUGGUUCCAACUAUAGCUGGAGAUUUUGUGGCUUGCUUGGGAGUCAGUGAAGCUGGAGCUGGGUCAGAUGUGGCAAGUAUCAAGACGACAGCUGUGAAAAAAGGCGACGAAUACGUCAUAAAUGGGGGUAAGAUGUGGACGACGACGGGGUGCCAGGCGGACUGGAUGUGCCUGUUGGCCAACACCAGCGAGGGACCCCCCCACCGAAACAAGUCUCUCAUCUGUCUGCCCAUGAAUCUGCCCGGCAUCCACGUUGCCAAGAAGAUUGACAAACUGGGCAUGAGGUCGUCGGACACGGCUCAGAUCUUCUUUGAAGACGUCCGGGUGCCCAGGAAGAACCUCAUCGGGGAGGAAGGGAAGGGUUUCACCUACCAGAUGUUGCAGUUCCAAGAAGAGCGUAUGUGGGGAGUAGCCACUGUCCUGACGCCGCUGGAGACGAUAAUUCGGGAAACGAUCGACUACACCCGCCAGCGGAAGGUGUUUGCCCAGCCCGUCCUGCACAACCAGGCCGUGCAUUUCCGCCUGGCCGAGCUGGCCACCGAGGUGGAGCUCCUUCGCUCCCUGCUCUACCGCACCGUGGCUCUCUAUGUGGAAGGCAACGACGUGACGAAGCUUGCCUCCAUGGCUAAGCUGAAGGCCGGCCGGCUGGCCCGCGAGGUGACCGACAGCUGCCUCCAGUUUUGGGGAGGAAUGGGCUUCACCAGCGAGGUUCUGGUGAGCAGGUUUUACAGAGACUUGAGGCUGAUGUCCAUAGGAGGUGGCACGGAUGAGACCAUGCUGUCCAUCAUCUGCAAGUACAUGGAGAUCCUUCCCAGCAAGUGAGGCCUCUCCACUCCUCGGAAAGGAAGCAUGAGCCCGGCUGGUGCCGCAGGGGCCGGGAGCAGCCAGUGCUGGGCUCACGGGGAAAAUCAGCAGAAAGAUCUGCCCAGGAACUGCUCCUCGGGGGCACGGAGCACUCUGAAUGCGUGGGGCCUCCUGCAGGAAUUUUUUUUUCCUUUUUUCCGGUGGGUUACGUUUUUGGGGGAGUCUAGUGAUCCCCACUAAGCACCCAGAAAAAUUGUUUUCUUUAAUCAAGGUAUAUCUACAUUUGAAAGCAUCUAAGCCACCAAUUAAGAAGCAACACUUCCCUGUGGCCAGAGCUGUGAUUUCGCCAGGAGCCUGAGCUGAUUCCAGGGUAACUUUGCUCUCAUGAUCAGUCGUUGUGGCAGAGAUUGUUCCAGUGUUUGAACAGGGCAGGGAAUGGUGACUUGGCUGUUGAUUACAGGUACCUGCCCUAUCCUUGAAUUUUAGCAAGUAAUCAUUGACAUGAGCUCUGUCACCUUGGCCAGGUUCACAUGGACUCCUACAGAGCUGGGUGGUGGGUGGGAGUGGGGCUGGGUUUUAUUUGUACAAUUCUACAAAUAACUGUUUAAUUGUACCUGAAGCUUUUGGAGGCCUGAAGUUCAGCAGCAAGGUAUCGUGUUUGAUGUGCAAUUAUUAAAGAAAAAUAUUUUAAAAAUCA